UAAUAUGUCAUUUGAAAUUCCUAUAUAUAUGUAAACACGUUAUUGUCGUAUUUCCUUGUGUUGAAAAUUAAAUAAUUUCAUUAAAAUAACCGGUGCUUGUUCAAGUUUAUACACGAUGAGUUUUACAAAUAGAAGCAAUAGUAGUAAGAUGGAUAAACCUACAUUUGAUAAGCACCUGGAGAAUAUUGUAAAAGCAAUUUCAGUUGAGGAUAAAAUGCGAGACUACUUGUUGAAGGAUUUCAAAAUAAUUAGAGUUUAUUUAAUAGAUUUAUUGAAAGAUGAUCCAAUAAUCGGUCCCAUGAUAAUAGAAACCUUAUAUCCAGCUAGUAACUUCAACUGUUCGGUGACUCUGGAUUUAUCACGCUACACAAAACUUGGUGUUGAAAAAACACAUUAUCCAUCUUUUUUGAAAUUAACACAUCGUGGAAGAGGUCUACUGAAUGGCAUGCAAGAUUUACCAAUAUUUAGAAACGGUGAAAAUAUUGCUGGCGGUAUUAUAACCAAUAUUGUAAAGAAUUUAAUAGAUCAAGGUUUAAAUAUUUGUGGUUAUUUUGUGCGUGGUCACAUGGGUGAUAUUUACGAACUAGAACUAAACCCAGAAACAAAACACAUAGAGCAUAGUUAUGCGGCCUACGAUGGUGAAUGGCAGGACAAUUAUAUAAUAGUAAAAGCAAUAAGUGAGGAAAGAAUUAUGAAUAUACGCCUACGUGUUCUACUAAAGUUUUGCCACAAUGAAACGCCUAACGAUAUAUUACCACAUCCAACGCAUAAUUUAAAAAUGGUGUGGUUACUGGCGGCUGAUGUACGUUAUUCGGAAUACUUUUCGCUAUGUGCUCCUCUCACUGAACGCGAAUUGGCCUCGUCACUAAAUAAUUUAAUGGCUAUGCGUUUGUUAUUUGCACUAGUAGCCUGCAAUAAAAUGCAGACGAUAAAGAAAAAUCAUUUGGAAUCUGUUACGUAUGAAAUUAUGUACACUAAGUCACCAAAAGGACCUGCUAAAACACGUAAAGAAUCUGUGGUUGAUAAUAUAAUUUGGAGUUUGCGUCGUAUGAUAUAUUUCUUCGAUACGAGUCGUUUUCCCUUUUUUUGGAAUAUUAAAGAAAAUCUUUUGGCGUUGAUAAGAAACCAAGGCAGCAGACUAUAUACACGUAGUCUUUUGCACAUUUUGCUGGAUCAGAUUUAUAAUAUGCGAAGAGAUGCGGAAGUAGCUUAUGAAGAAGUGGAAUCGUUUUUCGGGUUACAUUCAAAUUCACAUAUUUAUAAUGUGGACGAUUUUGGCAUUUACAGAGCUUUUGCUGAAUUAUCAUAAUUGAGAUUGUGUUGAAAUUAAUUUGUUUUAUGCAGCUGUUAUUUAAAUUAUUUUCAUAUUCAUCAAUAUUACUUGUUGCUAGAACUUUCCGAAUACGGAUGUAUGCAUUGUAUUUGCAUGCCAAAAAUCUUUCACAAAUAUUUUGUUUACAUAUUUUCAAUUUGGAAAUGUAACAUUCAUGGACAUAUGCGCGGCAUAGAGACGCAUAGCGAUUUAAUCAGUACAAGAAAAAAAUUAAUUGUUCAAUUAUUUUGAUUUUCCAAUAUCUUUAUAUAUAUUCAUGAA